CAUUGCGCAUUUCCAUUCCGACCGCCGUGGACAGCUGAACCACGACAAGUAAACUGCGAAAACUAAACUAAACAAAAUGAUGCAGCAGAGAACCCUGAUUUUGGGCUUGAUCGGACUGACCCUGGUGGGCGUCUGCCACGCCCAUGGACGGAUCAUGGGCGGCGAGGAGGCGGACCCCAAUGCCACGCCCUACGCCGCCUCCCUGCGCGUGGACAAUGGCCACGUGUGCGGCGGAUGCAUUGUGUCCGAGACCAAGAUCCUGACCACUGCCCAUUGCGUGCACCGAGAUUCGAAGUUAAUCGAUGCCAGUCGGCUGUCGUGUCGCGUGGGCAGUACCAACCAGUACGCCGGAGGACGCAUUGUCACCGUGGAGUCGGUGGCCGUCCAUCCGGACUACUACCAGCUGAAGAACAACGUGGCCGUGCUCACCCUGAGCUCCCCCCUGACCUUCACCGAGCGGAUCCAGGCCAUCGAGGUGGCCACCAGCGGGGAGGAGCUGCCCGCCGAGGGAUCGGAGGUCAGUGUGGCCGGCUGGGGUCGCACCACCGACGGCUCUGCGUCCUACAAGAUCCGGGAAAUGUCGAUGGCGGUGGCCCAGGAGGCGACCUGCCUGGAUGCCUACAGCGACCACGGAGCGGACAGCUUCUGCCUGGGCCACGAACUCAAGGAGGGCACCUGCCACGGCGAUGGAGGCAGUGGCGCCGUCUACGGGGACAAGCUGAUCGGGCUGACCAACUUCGUGGUGGGCGCCUGUGGAUCCCGCUACCCGGAUGUCUUUGUGCGCCUCUCCAACUUCUACGACUGGAUUCAGGAGCAGAUCGCCUAGACAUAUUCCUUACCAGUACCACCGCCCCACCUAAAAUAAUAAUUAUUUCAUAAUUUUCAAAUUUCCAAACAAAAAAAAACCAAACUGAA